GAAGCGUUAUAAAAACCACGGGUCUCGUGGAAUCGCGGCAUAUCGUAUUCGCCCAAGUGAGACAAUCAGCAAAGAUACGAAAAACCGACGACAAUGGAUGCCAAAGGCGGCUUGCUGGUCCUAGCCAUCGUGUGCGUGCAGGCGAUGUUCGUACAUGCCGUGCCGGAAUGGGUGCCAGAGGAGGUAUUCGAGAUGGUUGCAGACGACAAACAGCGAUGCAUGAGCGAACACGGAACAACACAAGCGGAGAUCGACGAUGUGGGCGUUGGAAAGAUGGAGAACAAUCCGUCGAUAACGUGUUACAUGUACUGUCUCCUCGAAGCGUUUAGUUUGGUCGACGAAGAGGCCAAUUUGGAGACUGACAUGCUGCUGGGUAUCAUACCGGAACAUCUUCACGAAACGGCGACCAGAGUUCUGGGCGCGUGCACCCCGACAGCCGGCACCGACAACUGCAACAAGAUAUUCAAUCUCGGUAAAUGCGUCUACGCGCAGGUUCCCGAUUUGUGGUUCAUCGUCUAAACAGAGACGAAAAUUUGUUCACGGUGCGACGAACGAAUGUUCCUUCGACGAGGGAAAAUUCGAAAACGACUCCAAAGACGAUCCCACAAUGAAGAAAAAAAAAAAAUACAUACAAACGUACAGCACAACAGAAUCGUGAUUGCAUCGUCGAAGUAAAAGAGAAAAAAAUAUGAUACGAUUACGGAUUCAGAUACAAAACAUAGUUUACUUAGGGUAAGGACCAACUAUUCCAAAGAAGCUACAGAGUAUUGAAUGUAAACGAAUGUAAAGAUUUGUUAUCAAAAAAAAAAAAAAUAUAUAAUAUCAACGAG